GACCGCAGUUGCACAAUGGAGUUUUGCACAUUAGCGCUGUUGACACUCAUCUCCUCGGUUUACAGCGUGUUGGCGCUGUCACCUAAAGUGUCCGUGUCUCUGCUGCUUUCAGGUGCGUGUCUCCUUCAAGUGGACGAGGGGUCUUGCAGAGGAGAAAUUGAGCGGUACCACUACAACACUAUCACCCAAAAGUGCGAGACUUUCUCCUAUGGAGGUUGCAAAGGGAAUGCCAAUAACUUCAAGAGUUAUCAGGAGUGCCUCAAAUCAUGUUUCAGAAUCCCAAAGGUUCCUCAAAUCUGCAGGUUUCCUAAAGAGGAGGGACCCUGCCGUGCCCUCUUCCACCGCUACUUCUUCAACAUGACCACCAUGCAGUGUGAGUCCUUUCACUACGGUGGCUGCCAGGGCAACUCCAAUCGCUUCCAAGACCUUGCCACUUGUAAGGAGUACUGCAGUCCACGAAAAACUAUUCCUGUGCUCUGCCUGGACCCUCUGGACAAAGGGAGGUGUUCAGCCUCCAUUCCUCGGUUUUACUACAACACAGUCACCAAGAUGUGCGACGAGUUCAUCUACUCAGGCUGCGGAGGGAGCAGCAAUAAUUUUGUAUCGAGGCAGAACUGCAUGAGCGUGUGUGUUAAAGGGAAAAAACCCACAAGACAAGACAAAGGUCGUCGAAUGAGACGGAACAGAAAUAACCGGAUCACUUUCUUGCAGGCGUAGACGUCUGAAACUCAGGGAUUCUCACUUGGACAAGUCCUUACAGGAAACUUAAUGAACUGAUGGUUUUAUGCCAAAAGGUUGACCGGCUCUUCUUUGUUGUUACUAGAAGAGUGGCGCAGACACACAUUUCCACUGUAUUUGUAUGUAAUGCUUUAUGAGCUACUUCAAUUGUGAUUUCAAGGAGGUUUGUUUCUGCACUAAUGUUCCUGAUUGUGUAUUUUGAUAUUGUAUGUGUGUAAUAUGUGUUGCAUAAGCAAUACAAACAUUUUUAUUUGCCAAACUAUUUUAUAAGCACAUUUAUUUUGAUAAAAAUAUGCAGAAUUGUAUAAAGUAUCUUGCCAUUUCUUUGUACUUUAAUGAUGCCGAUAGUAUUAUUUGAAUAAUUAACUCAAAAUGUGUUGCUUCAACCACAGCAGUGUUGCAUAUAUUCAAGGGUGUCUUUAUUUGUUUUACCAAAGGACAACAAUACUGCAGCAAAAAAACAAAAACAUAGAACAGGCUUGACUGGUUCCUUCAUUUUCUCCCAAUCAUUUUCACUUUAUCUCUCGGCCUCCUCAUUCCUUAGUAAUGCUGCCGUCUUUCCCUCCUUAUCUCGAAUACUAUGCAAGGCCCUCAACCCUAUCUCGGUUGCCUCUGCAUAGCCUCGAAUCAGGAAGGAAGCAAACACGUGACUGUGGCAGCUUCAUUAGAAGGUGUCUGCAUGUUUAGAGGAGAAGAAACAGGAGGAUUACAAAAAUUGAAUCAUAUAAGCCUCCAACAAUGUUUUCAGCAAUUACUAAGCAAUUCCAAUAAAAUGCACUCAAUUAUAAAUGGGAAUGGGUCCAUGCACAACACAUGUUAAGCUAACAAAUGCACACGCAUUUUGUAGAUAAUAUACUUCAUGUAACACAGGAGAAAUCAAAUUGCUUUGUAACACCAUUAAGGGAAAGAUGCUAUUAAUUCAAAAUAUUCUGUGGUUCAAAAAUAUCCCGACAGUACUAAAUCUCUGCUUGGUUUCACCUCCUACAAUAGAAUAAUUGAUAGUGUGAUUUUUCAGACAAUAAAUAUUGAUGGAAGAUA